AUGCCCUCCCUUACCUCUUCCGCCGCUCGCAUGGCGUCCCGCGCCUCCUCCACCGCCAGCGCCGGCGCCCGCCUCUCACAGAUGCGUAGCCAGAUGAGCACCAAUGCUACCUCCCCUAUUGCUCGCAACAAAGAGAUCGGCGAAGCAUACAUUCUCUCUGCCUCCCGCACCCCGACAGCCAAGUUCAACGGCGGCUUCAUGAGCAUGUCCGCCCCACAGCUGGGCGCCAUUGCGAUCAAGUCUGCUAUUGAGAAGUCGAAAGUUCCUGUAUCCAAGAUAACAGAUGUAUAUAUGGGCAACGUACUGGCGGCGGGGUUGGGUCAAGCACCAGCCAGGCAAGCCUCCAUAUUCGCUGGCUUACCUUCAACGAUUGAAGCCGUAACAAUCAACAAGGUCUGUGCUUCGGGAUUGAAAGCAGUUGUCCUCGCGGCUCAGAAUAUCCAGCUUGGACUGGCGGAGGCGCAAAUUGCAGGCGGUAUGGAGAAUAUGUCUCGUGUGCCCUACUACCUGCCCAGAGCAGCACAGAACCCAGCGUUUGGAAACAUACAACUGAAGGAUGGACUGAUUGGAGACGGGCUCUGGGAUGUGUAUAACCAGUUUCAUAUGGGUAACUGCGCAGAAAACACGGCGAAGAAGUUCAACAUCUCCAGAGAAAUGCAGGAUGAAUAUGCCAUCAGAAGCUUUGAAAGAUCGCAAAAGGCUUGGGCGGAAGGCAAAUUCCAAGACGAGGUUGUCCCCGUCACUGUCAAGGGAAAGAAGGGUGACACUAUCAUCUCCGAAGACGAAGGUUACAACAACCUAAAAAAGGAUAAGGUUCCCACUUUGAAGCCGGCGUUUGUAAAGGAUCCUUCCCAAGGAACAGUGACGGCUGCAAAUUCGUCGACCUUCAAUGACGGUGCAAGUGCGUUGGUGUUGGGCAACAAGGCUAUUGCGCGGGAAUAUGGCAAGGGAAGCCGUGUGCUCGCACGGAUCAUUAGUUCCGCUGAUGCAGCGAUUGAUCCAGUGGAUUUCCCUAUCGCGCCCGCGAAAGCUGUGCCUAUUGCGCUAGAAAGAGCCGGGCUGACCAAAGACGACAUUGCGAUCUGGGAAUUCAAUGAGGCGUUUGCGGCAGUCAUCAAGGCAAAUGAACAGAUUCUUGGUCUGGAGGACGCUAAGGUGAACAUGCUGGGCGGUGCCAUCUCCCUCGGCCACGCCCUUGGCAGCUCGGGCUCGCGUAUCUUGACGACCUUGCUGCAUCAAUUGAAGCCAGGCGAGUACGGAUGCGCGGCGAUUUGCAACGGUGGUGGUGCAGCGACCGCCAUGAUUGUGCAACGGAUCGAGAACGUUGACUAA